ACUGGGUCUUCCUAUGUUGCCUCGCUGGUCUCCAACUCCUCGGCUCAAGUGAUCCUCCUGCCUGGGGUUUCCAAAUUGUUGGGAUUACAGGUGUGAGUCAGAGCGCCCAGCCAAGUUCUAUACAAUUUUGUCAUGUUUAGUUUGUGUUCCCACCACCACAGGCAAGAUACGAAAUGCUUCCUCAUCAUUCUCCUGUUGCAUUUUAAAUAACACAAUUUACCGUGUUCAAUACCAUGUAUUUCUCCAGGUGAGGUAUACAUGUGACAGGCUCCAAAAGGCCACUUUUAAUCACCACAGUAGUGCUGCCCAAGAAAAUUCAAGGGCCACGAAUGCAAGUUGCCUAUUAAAUUAGACAUUUCUCAGGAGCCAAAGGUAAAAGAGGCCAAUUUAAAUAAUAUAUUUCAGAAAACCCAAUAUAUCCAAAUAUCCUCAUUUCAACAUGUAAUCAAUGUAAAAAGUAUGAAUGAUAUGCUACUUUUCUCGUAUGAAGUCUUUGCAAUCCAGUGAGCCUGGUCCUCUGGCAGCUGUUAGCACGGAGUGAGCAUCUCCUAUGUGUCUGACUCCUGCCCUUUAAGAACACAGGCCAAUGGAGGACAAGCACAGUUCUAGAACAGAAGACAGGCCACGGUAGAAGCAAGCAAAGGGGGCCUGGGAACACCUGGCUAGUAGGGAAGGCUCUGUGGGGGCUUGGCCUCAAAGCCCAGGGACAGCAGGGGGACCAACCAGAAGGAGCCCCAAGUGUCUGGGUGGGAGCGAUGGUGUUCCCUGAGAUGGGAACCAAGAGGAGAGGCACUUUGGAGGGAAGGCCCAGUGUGGUUUGGGGAUAUCCAAUAAAAGAUAGCCCCUCCUCAAAGUUAAUGGAUGCUAGGCUCUGGGGUGCAGGGGAGGGUUCUGGGCUUGCUAUUGAGGUUUCCCUGGAGGUUGAUGUCACUGGGGGCAUGGAGAUUACUCAGGCCAGAAAGUGCGUGGGAAGCAUGGGGAGUGGGGUACAGAGUACACCACAUGGAGAGCCAACAUCAGGGCGAUUCCCAAGGGAGAAAGACAAGCCAGGGAUCACCCAAGGAGGCCAGGUGGGAGGAGUGCAGGGAUCUUGGAGCCAGGCCCCCAACCCAGUGGACCCACCCAGCCCCUUCUGUUCUGAGGUUACAAUGGGUGAUGGCUCGGUGGGGCUGCAAUGAGCGGUGGCACGCGCGGAGGGCCAGGGGAGGAGGGACGCGCUGUAGGCUCCGGGUUCAGGUCCCUGGACUGAAUUGGAAGCACCGUGUCUGUGUUGAAGUUCAAGAUCUACCACUUCUGUUCCCAGACCUCCCUGUUCUUCCUCACCUUUAUGCAAUUUCAUUUUUGAUAAUUUCAGCUUCCUAAAUGUACACAUCUGACUUCACUUUUCACUCACAUGUCUCACCCCCACCCCUCCACCGGCCCCUUCUCACUAUUACAGACCCAGGAGACACAGGAAGUGCAAGGAAGGCCUGGAGCCCCAAAAGCCAGGAGCCUCAGGAGUCAGGUGUCCUGACAGACAGGAAUCCUGACACCCAGGAACCCCAAGAGCCAGAAGCCUCUACCACCAGGAGCCCUGACAGCAAGGAAUCUACUACAGCCAGAAGCCCUUAUAACCGGGAACCUCCAUAGCCAGGAUCCCCUACAGCCAGGGAGCCCCGACAGCCAUGAACCCCGGGAGCCAGGAGGCCCGCAGCGGAGUGCCCAGACUUGGCAGAGUCGGAACCCCCCGGCGGGAUCCGGGAUCCCGAGCCCACCUCCGCGGCCCCUUCUGCGAUUUCUCAGGCUCUGCUGCCUCAGCACAGGCAGAGGCGGGGCUUUCCCUCGCGCAGCCGCUCAGCUCUCCGCGGCCCCGCCCACAUCCGGCCGCCGGCACUGGAUUGCUCCUGUCUGGCGGCGGCAGCAUGGCGGCGGGGGCGGCUGAGGCAGCUGUAGCGGCCGUGGAGGAGGUCGGCUCAGCCGGGCAGUUUGAGGAGCUGCUGCGCCUCAAAGCCAAGUCCCUCCUUGUGGUCCAUUUCUGGGCACCAUGGGCUCCACAGUGUGCACAGAUGAACGAAGUUAUGGCAGAGUUAGCUAAAGAACUCCCUCAAGUUUCAUUUGUGAAGUUGGAAGCUGAAGGUGUUCCUGAAGUAUCUGAAAAAUAUGAAAUUAGCUCUGUUCCCACUUUUCUGUUUUUCAAGAAUUCUCAGAAAAUCGACCGAUUAGAUGGUGCACAUGCCCCAGAGUUGACCAAAAAAGUUCAGCGACAUGCAUCUAGUGGCUCCUUCCUACCCAGCGCUAAUGAACAUCUUAAAGAAGAUCUCAACCUUCGCUUGAAGAAAUUGACUCAUGCUGCCCCCUGCAUGCUGUUCAUGAAAGGAACUCCUCAGGAACCACGCUGUGGUUUCAGCAAGCAGAUGGUGGAAAUUCUUCACAAACAUAAUAUUCAGUUUAGCAGUUUUGAUAUCUUCUCAGAUGAAGAGGUUCGACAGGGACUCAAAGCCUAUUCCAAUUGGCCUACCUAUCCUCAGCUCUAUGUUUCUGGAGAGCUCAUAGGAGGACUUGAUAUAAUUAAGGAGCUAGAAGCAUCUGAAGAACUAGAUACAAUUUGUCCCAAAGCUCCCAAAUUAGAGGAAAGGCUCAAAGUGCUGACAAAUAAAGCUUCUGUGAUGCUCUUUAUGAAAGGAAACAAACAGGAAGCAAAAUGUGGAUUCAGCAAACAAAUUCUGGAAAUACUAAAUAGUACUGGUGUUGAAUAUGAAACAUUCGAUAUAUUGGAGGAUGAAGAAGUUCGGCAAGGAUUAAAAGCUUACUCAAAUUGGCCAACAUACCCUCAGCUGUAUGUGAAAGGGGAGCUGGUGGGAGGAUUGGAUAUUGUGAAGGAACUGAAAGAAAAUGGUGAAUUGCUGCCUAUACUGAGAGGAGAAAAUUAAUAAAUCUUAAACUUGGUGCCCAACUAUUGUAAGAAAUAUUUAAUUACAUUGGGAGCAGUUCAUGAUUUAGUCCUCAGAAAUGGACUAGGAAUAGAAAAUUCCUGCUUACUCAGUUACAUGUUUUGUGUAUUUCACAAUGUCAUGCUAAAUAAAUGUAUGUUACAUUUUUUCCCACCAAAAAUAGAAUGCAAUAAACAUCUUCAAAUUAUUAACAA